AUGGAGCAUGCUGGGAGUCGUAGUCCAGGCGCGCUCGCGAUGGCUAUGUGCGUCAUGGCCGACGGCACCGCGCUCGGGAACUCUUCCGCUCGGCCCCAGAAAGUUUCAGUUCUGUCCGGCGGUGGACCCACGAGCGUGUGCCACCAUGGAGUCUGACCACUGCUGACUGGCAGCUACCCAGCAUUGAAGUGCUGUCCUCUCUCGGACCCACACAACCAAGAAAGGGAGACCCACCAUGACUUCCAACAGCGCUGAGAGCCAGCUCCAGAGGAUCAUCCAUGAUCUGCAAGAUGCAGUGACAGAAUUAAGCAAUGAAUUUAAGGAAACAGGAGAACCCGUCACAGAUGACAGCACCAGCCUGCACAAGUUUUCUUAUAAACUUGAGUAUCUCUUACAAUUCGAUCAGAAGGAGAAGGCUAGCCUCCUGGGCAGCAAGAAGGAUUACUGGGAUUACUUCUGUGCCUGCCUGACCAAAGUGAAGGGAGCAAACGAUGGAAUCCGAUUCGUCAAGUCCAUCUCCGAGCUCCGAACAUCUUUGGGGAAAGGCAGAGCCUUUAUUCGCUACUCUUUGGUGCACCAGAGGUUGGCAGACACCUUACAGCAGUGCUUCAUGAACACCAAAGUGACCAGUGACUGGUAUUAUGCAAGAAGUCCAUUUCUGAAGCCAAAGCUGAGCUCUGACAUUGUGGGCCAACUUUAUGAGCUGACCGAGGUUCAGUUUGACCUGGCAUCAAGGGGCUAUGAUCUGGACGCUGCCUGGCCAACAUUUGCCAGGAGGACACUGGCCACUGGCUUUUCUGCAUACACAUGGAAAGCCCCCAGCCGGAGCUCCAGCAUGAGCAGCUUAGUGAGCAGCUCCUUGCAGGAGAUGGCCUCCAGCUUUGACCUGAACAGUCCUCUAAACAAUGAAGGGAUGGAAGGCUUCGAUGAGAUGCGGCUGGAGCUGGACCAGUUGGAAGUACGGGAGAAACAGUUGCAGGAGCGUAUACAGAAGCUGGACAGGGAGAACCAGGAGCUGCAUGCAGUGAUCAGCAGGCAGGGGGAACAACUGCAGGUGGAGACGGAGAUGGGACACCCUGCAUUAGAGGACAGCGUUGACCUCAAGGGCCUAAUGGCAGAGCUGCAGAAGCAGGGGGAGGUCACACAACUCACUCACGCCACUAUGAAGGAGCUCCAGACAUGUCUGCAGGCCCUGAAGCUGGAUGUAGACGAGAAAGGGGACAGUUGCUCAGCCCUGCAGCAGGUGGAGACCAUGCUGCAGCCCCUGGCUCUGGAGCUCGAGGCUGCACGAGACUCUCUAGGCAGGAGGAACCAGCUUCUAGCCAGCCUUUCGGACUGGCUGGCCAGGGCUGAGAAGAGGGGCAAUCCAACCCUGUUUCAGCAAGAACCAGUUCCUGCCAAUAUGGCCCUGAAGCUCCAGGAGCUGAGAGAAAAACUUCAGGCCCUAGAAAGGGAGAAUGCCAAGGUCCAGGAGCUCAACAGGAAGCAGUGUGUCCAGCUAGAGCAGCUGGCCAAGGAACUGCAGCUGAAGGAAGAGGCCCGAGCUGGCUUGGAGCACUUGGUGAAAGAUGUGGCCUCACUUGAGGAAGAGCUGUCUGGGAAGAAGCAAGAGUCAGCCCAGCUCCGACGACAGCUACAGGAUUCCUUGGUCCACUUGACCUCUGUGGAAGAGGAACUGGCAGAGGCUAGACGGCAGGAAAAGCAGGGAUGGGAGGAGAAGCACUUGCUGCAGCAGGAGGCCAAGUCUCUGACGUGGCAGCUGCAGCUCCUGGAGACCCAGCUAGCACAGGUAAACCAGCUUGUGAGUGAUCUGGAGGAGCAGAAGAAGCAACUUAUCCAGGACAGAGACCACCUCAGCCAGAGGGUGGGCACACUGGAACAGCUGGCUGAGCUGCGUGAAACCAGCAAGAGCUCUGCCCCACCACAGGCCAGGGAAAAGCCAGAGGAGGGGCAGCAGUGCCUGCAGGAGGUACAGGUGAACAGUACCAAGGUACCAGGGGGAGAUGAGGAGCUGCAACAGGCCAACCAGGAGCUGCAGAAGGAGCUGCAGAACAUGGCUGUGCGCAACCAGCUUUUGGAGGGCAAGCUACAGGCCCUGCAGGCUGAUUACAAAGCCCUGCAGCAGCGAGAGGCAGCCAUCCAGGGCUCCCUCGCCUCCCUGGAAGCUGAACAGGCCAGCAUCCGGCACCUAGGUGACCAGAUGGAGGCAAGCCUUCUGGCUGUAAGGAAAGCCAAGGAGACCAUGAAGGCCCAGGUGGCAGAGAAGGAGGCUGCCCUACAGAGCAAGGAGGGUGAGUGCCGGCAGCUGCAGGAGGAGGUAGAGCAGUGCCGGCAGUGGACAGAGGCCCAGGGCCAGGAGCUUAGGGCUCUUGAGAACCAAUGCCAACAACAGAUUCAGCUGAUUGAGGCCCUCUCUGCAGAGAAAAGCCAACAGGGUCUCACCUUGCCCCGAGACAACACAGCCCAGCUGGCCCUGUCUCAGGCACAGCUGGAAAUCCACCAGGGGGAAGCCCAGCGGUUACAGGCUGAGGUGGUAGACCUCCAGGCCAAGCUCCAGGUGGCCCUGGGUGACCGGGACAAGAUACAGAGCCAGCUGGGUGUGACUGAGGCAAUCCUGAGGGAGCACAAGACCCUCGUGCAGCAGCUGAAGGAGCAGAAUGAAGCCCUCAACAGGGCCCAUGUGCAGGAGCUGCUGCAGUGCUCAGAACGGGAAGGGGCAUUGCAGGAGGAGAGAGCCAGCACAGCCCAGCAGCAGGAGCAAGAGCUGCAGGCCCUGAAGGCAGAGCUGUCACAGGUGAGGUGCAGCUCUGAGGGAGCCCAUCUAGAGCAUGUAGAGUUGCAGGAGCAUCUGCAUCGAGCCAACACGGACAUAGCUGAGCUCGGCAUGCAGGUCUGCGCCCUGACAGCUGAGAAGGAGCGGGUGGAGGGAGCCCUGGCCAGCUUGGCCCAGGAGCUCCAGGAUGCCAAAGAGGCAGCAUUAAGGGAAAGAGAAACCUUGGAGAACCAAGUGGCAGGGCUACAGCAAGAGAAGGAGAGCUUGUGGGAGAAGCUGAAGGUGGCUGAAAAGGCAGCCAGUUCACUCUGUGGCCUGCAGGCACAGCUAGCCCUGGCUGAACAGCGAACCCAGAGCCUCCAGGAGGCGGCACACCAGGAACGAGAUGCCCUCAAGUUCCAGCUGAGUGCUGAGAUCAUGGACCACCAGAGCAGACUGAAGACAGCUAAUGAAGAGUGUGGGAGCCUCAGGGCCCAGCUGGAGGAGCAAGGCCGGCAGCUGCAAGGGGCUAAGGAUGCUGUGCAUGAGCUGGAGGUCACCAAGGCAGCUAUGGAGGAGAAGCUGAACUACACCAGCAGCUGCCUCACAGAGUGCCAGGCUGCCGUGCUUCACAAGGAUGAAGAGGGUGCCUCCCUGCGCUUAAGCCUAGAAAGGACCCAGAGGGAACUUGAAAAGGCCACAUCCAAAAUCCAAGAGUAUUACAACAAACUCUGCCAGGAGGUUACAAACCGGGAAAGGAAUGACCAGAAGAUGCUUGCAGACCUGGACGACCUAAACAGAACCAAGAAAUACCUUGAAGAGCGGCUGAUAGAGCUGCUCAGGGACAAGGAUGCUCUCUGGCAGAAGUCUGAUGCACUGGAAUUCCAGCAGAAGCUCAGUGAAGAGAAGUGCCUGGGGGACACCGAUGCCAACCACUGCCACGACUGCAAGCGGGAGUUCAGCUGGAUAGUGCGGCGGCACCACUGCAGGAUAUGUGGCCAUAUCUUCUGUUACUACUGCUGCAACAACUAUGCUGUGACUAAGCCCAGUGGCAAGAAGGAGCGAUGCUGCCGAGCUUGCUUCCAGAAGUUUGGUGAAGGCCCUAGCUCCCCUGAUAGCAGUGGCUCAGGCACUAGCCAGGGAGAGCCCAGCCCCAUGCUGUCACCAGAAGCAGGACCUCAGGCCACAGGAAACCAAGGAGCACACCCAGACUUCAGACCACCAGAUGACGCUGUGUUUGACAUUAUCACAGAUGAGGAAUUGUGCCAGAUCCAGGAGUCCGGCUCCUCCUUGCCUGAAACACCCACCGAAACUGAUUCUCUGGACCCAAAUGUAGCUGAACAGGAUACCACCUCAAACUCACUAACCCCUGAGGACAAUGACGACAUGCCCAUGGGGCAGGAUGCUGAAAUCUGCUUGCUGAAGUCAGGGGAGCUGAUGAUCAAAUUACCACUCACAGUAGAUGAGAUCACCAACUUUGGGGAGGGCAACAGGGAGUUGUUUGUGAGGUCUAGCACCUACAGCCUGAUCCCCAUCACCGUGACCGAGCCUGGCCUCACCAUCAGCUGGGUCUUCUCUUCUGACCCCAAGAGCAUCUCCUUCAGUGUGGUCUUCCGAGAGACAGAGGACACACCACUCGACCAGUGCAAGGUCCUCAUUCCUACCACCCGAUGCAACGCCCACAAGGAGAACAUCCGAGGCCAGCUGAAGGUCCGCAGCCCUGGCAUCUACUUGCUUAUCUUUGACAACACCUUUUCCAGGUUCAUCUCCAAAAAAGUUUUUUACCACCUGACAGUUGACCGGCCUGUGAUCUAUGAUGGAAGCGAUUUCCCAUAACAUUUGUGCCUGGACUUUGAUGGCUCAACAUCCAUCAGGAAACACUACUACUCACCAGUCUUAAUAACCAUGCACAUGCACAUAUGCACACAUUUUUUUUUAAUUAAAAAACAAAAGAAAGGCAGCUGUGUCCCAGCUCACCAGGUCUGCUGCUCUGGCAGAGGCCCCCGGCUGUGCCUCAGAAGCUGCUCUGCCUGGGUCUCUAGGGUACUUGGUACCACACACCUGUAACUCAGUUCCCAGGACUCCAGCGGUCUUUUCACCAAAAGGUUUAUACUUGGGGGCUACCAUCAGCCUUUUUCUGAGAUCACAGUUGUGGAACAAUCUCCUGUGGAGUUCCCAGGCCAGAGGAGGUCUUGUGUAUGUCCCACCCCCAACAGCCAGGCUUCCUGGUGAUGGGCCAUUGCCUUGGCCACUCUGUGAGGCUUUGGAUAGUCCCAGGAAAAGGAAGCACCAGGGCCAUCACGUGAGUGGAAGGGUGCCUUCGUGAUCUCCCAGAUUCCUCUCUCUUAUCCCUACUCCUUACUGCCCCUGUGUUGGCUACUCUCCCACUCAGCUGUUUGGGAGAGGUCUGUACUAUGCUCUUGAUUCUUGUACCCUCAGGGCCAUUACUCAUCAGGCUUCUAAGCAGCUCUAACCAUCUGCCAAGAGCCCACUAGAGACAGUCCAGGAAAGAACAGCCACUACAUUGAGGCCCUCCAGCUAUGCAUUUCGGUAGCUGGAGCACUGUAGUGAAACUUUGCAUUGACCUUAGGGCUCAUGAAUCAGUGAGUCAGCCCAAGGCCAGUCCUUGUGUGUAGAUACCAGAACUUGCAGACAGAUGUUUACUACUGAGCAGAGUCAGGGUAAGACCUGCUUUCAAAAUCUGGAGCCUUCCUAACAAGUCUUUGAUAAUUUAAGAACCAAAGUAGUAGAAGAAGCCGGCAUAGCUUAUUCUUGGCCCCUACCUCCCAGUCAUCACCUCUCAUUGAGCACUACUCUUCUUCCCCCAGUGGCUCAGCUCCCUCUAACUGUCACAUGUUAGUUCUCUUGCCAGUGGCCUUGUUCACCAGCACCACCAAAGCUGGUACUGGACUUCAGCCUUGUCCCAGUGGGAUUCAACCAGGCUGGUCCAAGAACAAGCAAGAAAGUUCUUGAGCAGGAAUCUGGAAUUGAAAAUCUCUGCAGGGUUUGGGAAGAAGAAAAGAACCAUGUGAUAAAAAUUAAGGAGGUGGUGUUUCCAAACAUUUUCAGUUGUCACCCAGGCGACCAAGCCACUCCUGGCCCAAGCAGAAGGAACUCCUCCCCCUUUGAGGCUAAAGUCUGCAGAUAUGGUUAGAUGUCCAUGGAGUUUUGUUUUUAAAGUCAGACUCAGUGGUUCUGCCUGUGGCAAUUCUUUAGUGGGAAAAAACAUUCUUGGCUCAAAGGUUUCAGUAGAGGUAGAGGAGCCAUCUGCGGUGCUUGGAACCAGGAGCUGCUGUGCAAAGGCCAUGCGGGGCUGCGCUUGUUUACAGAAGCAAACACUACUCGGUGGGACCUUGGUGCAUUCUUCCUCAUCUCACUUUAGUUCGAAGAAAACAGGAAAGAGUGAAUUCAUAAAUUCCUUUACCCUCUUAAGCACUUUUUAAAUUUCAAGAGAGCGCUCUGAUUGGGGGCAUUUUCAGAGCCUUCGGAUGUGUUUGGUCUAGAGACACUGCUUUUGGUGGCUGCAGUGGCACCAAGCUGCCAUGGGAAGGCAUAAUGAUUGUCAUGCACUUUAACUCACUAAUCCUCACUUCAUGUGGCCUUAUGGGAUGGUGGGUCUGGGAACCCAUUCCGUUCUUACCUGCCAAAGAGUUACCCAGAAGCACAUCAGAACACCAGCACCUCAUCUGCACAAAGGGGUGAGACUUUGGCAUCCCCAAACAUACUUCUUUAUAGUGUCUGCUGUACCAUUUGGAAAUGGUUCUUGACCUCAGGUUUUAAAUAAAGUGAACACUAUAACAUUUGGA